AGAAAGGAAAGCCCCCGACAUUGCAUAAAACCUUGCCUGGGGAUUGUCAUGUCAUGCGGUGGCGGUUGCUUCUCAGGCAUGUCGCACGGCUGCAACUUGCCUCGCAAGCCAACAAGCACAUCAUAUAUAUUUAGGCGCGUGCGGAGCGGAUUCCCCGACUAGUGCGAGUCGCGCAAGGCGUCCCUUACCAUCCAUAUUUAGGCGCGUCCUGGUGCGCGAGGUAGUUGCGUAGUGUCGAUCACGAACCAGUGAUUCAGGUGUUACUGUGGCCGCUCGUUGGCAAGCAUUCUCGUUUAAAGCCAAUAGCAAGAAGGCGGUCAAUUAUAUCUUUGACCGCCGAGAGACUGACCGUCGAUACGGUUGCAGCAACGGUUCUGAUUUAGCAGGUUUCUGUACUUCGGUAUCGGAGCCACGAGUGGCGGCAUGGGGACGAUGCUUCAGGGCAGCAGCAGAGGGCAGUCCGGGUUCACGCAGGGCCCGCGCGGCAGAGAGAGCAGGAGCCAUGCGGACAAGAGCAAGAACGAAGACAAGGAGAUCAAGCCUGGUUUUGAAGAGGGGAAGAGUGAAGGGAAGGAGUCCAGGCGAGGAGGGAAGGUGAGCAGGAGUCGGCAGGAGGCGUUGGAGCGAGAGAGGGAGGCGAGGGAGGAGAAGGAGCAGGCGCAGGAGGGGCAGCACGCGUGGAGCAAGGACGAUAUCAAGUAUGCGCGGGACGCGGCGGCGGUUAGCCGGAACGUGGCACGGCUGAAACGACAGCAGGCCAAGGAGAAGCGCAACAGCUUCGUGAAUGAGUGAGCAGCAGCCAAGCCACUCUGGUGAUGCUUUCAAGACACGCUGGUCUGUUGCUUUUAACACGUGGCGGUCUGCUGCUGGGAACGUUGCCCGCAGCGACAGCUCGUGACGGGCUGUCAGCCGUUACGCUGCACCCCACACUGCCGCCCAACCCAAGUACACUUUGAGGCGCCUCAGAAGCAGAGUGGGGUGGCACGAUUGAACCCGCCUGCACGAUUGAACCUGCCUGCAUGAUUGAAUGGCUGGUCCAGUGCCUGUGGUGUAAGGGCUAAUGCACCACAGUGAGCGGUAGAAGCUGGGUGGUGGUGGAGAAAGGAAAGGACACUGGAGCUAGAGCUGUGGGCGGAGCGUUUUCUGCUGUUGAUGUCCUUCUGAAGCUUUUUUUAAUGGUCGAAUGCAUGGUAAUGGAUAUCACAGUUGGUGUGACAUGAUUCACUUCUUGCUGAGAUUGGGGCAUGAUGUUUAAUGAUGCUGUUUAUGA